UCAUUCAAACCCUCUCCCUGAAGAAAACCACUUCCCCUUAAACCCCUCUCUCUCUCUCAUAAAACCACUAUCUCCCCUGUUUCUUGUCUGUACCUCUCUUCUUUCUCUCACAAAAUAAACCAGUUUUGCUGGUUCAUCUUAUAACUAACUCUCUCUCUCUCUCCUUCCUGUAUAUACCAAGAAAGAGAGCACCAGCAAUGGCUGCCAACAAAUUCGCAACCAUGUUGCACAGAAACACCAACAAAAUGACCCUAAUUCUCAUCUACGCAGUCCUCGAAUGGAUUCUAAUAAUUCUUCUCCUCCUCAAUUCUCUGUUCUCUUAUCUGAUCAUCAAAUUCGCAGAUUACUUCGGCCUCAAAACACCCUGCCUCUGGUGUUCUCGUAUCGAUCACAUUUUCGAACCCACAAAGAACAAGAAUUUACACAGAGAUCUUCUCUGUGAAGCCCACGCCACAGAGAUUUCCAAACUGGAUUACUGCUCCAAUCAUCAGAAAGUGGCCGAAUCACAAGAUUUGUGCGAGGACUGCUCAUCCUCGCGACCGGGCAAUCAUGGGGUAUCAACGAAUUUGGAUUUCUUUCCAUGGGUUAAAGAGAUUGCAAUGAUUCAAAGUGAAACAGAGAAGGUAACUGAGAAUGGUGAAAUGGGUUUGAAAUGUUCUUGUUGUGGUGUGAGCUUGGAGAAAAAAAUUUACUCUCCUUAUAUUGUGAUCAAGCCUUCUUGGGGUGUUUUGGACUAUACCCAGAAAGGAAAUUUGAUUACAGAAGGAGGGGAUGGUGGUGAUGAUGAUGAUGAUAAUCAGAUUGAAGAAUUCGAAAAUUCGGAUCGAAGCAAAUCAGAUACGGUGAUGGGUCCAAGCCAUGAUGAUGGGAUUGAGGACAAAGGUGAGAACCAGAUGGUUUCUGAGGUCAAUGAAACAGAGAUGGAUUGCUCUGUUUCUGUAUCUAAUUCUGGAUUGAGAGAGUUGGAAUGUGAUGAAGAUGACAAAGUAGGUCUGGUUAUGGAGGCAGAGCAAGAAUCCAUUAAAGAAAAUAACUCAAGUCUGAUCAUGGGAGAUCUGUUUUCUGGUACCAAACAAGUUCCAUCCAUUGAAAUCCAUACUCAGCAUCUGGAGUUCUUUGUCGGCCAUGAUGGUUAUGGGUUGAUUCCGGUUGAAUUGUUCGAUUUAACACCCGAGGAAAAUUCGAGUAAUUACAGAAUCAAGGAGGAAGAUGAUGAAAAUUAUGUCAAUGUUGAAACCAAUUUGGGUUCUGAGUGGUGCGAUGAGGCACGAAAUGAAUCGAUUGUGGAGAAUAAGUCAAGUUCGGGAGAAAUUGAGGCUGUCUAUGAAUUUAAGGAAGCCAAAUUUGCAGUGCUUGAAUCCAUGGAAAUAGAAGAGAAUGAGAAUUCUCUUAUAUUCCAUGCCAAAGAAUGUGAUUUGGUGAGGGAGGUGUAUGAACUUGUUGAGCCCCAAACUACAUCUAAGGAUGCCUAUGAUGGUCAAGAAACAGCGGUAGCAGAAGCAGAAGAAACGGAUUCAGUUGUUCCUGCAGUCACAGAAGACACAUUUCAAUUGGCCAUCAAUGAAAAUGAACGAGAGGUAUCAAUAGGAACUGAGAUUCCUGAUCUGGAACCAACAGAUGAGUUUCAAAAUCAAGAAAUUCUUUCUCCAUUUACAUGCAUAAAUGAAGAUUCUUCUACCAGUUUUGAUAACUUCAAUGCAGAAGACGAUCAGGGUUCUAAGCAAGCUGAGGAAGAGUCAGUAAAGUUAAAAACCAUAUCAGUUGAGGUGAGUGAGCAUGCGAUAAACAAUCAAACUUCACUAGGCUCGGAGCUUAAUGAGAUUGAGGAAGAGAAAGUUCCUGAUACGCCCACUUCUAUAGAAAGUCUCCAUCACCUGCACAAGAAAUUGUUGAUGCUUGAGAAAAAAGAAACAGGAACUGAAGAGUCUUUGGAUGGUAGUGUUCUAAGUGAGUUCGAAGGGGGUGAAGGAAUUUUGACUGUUGAACGUUUUAAAUCAGUAUUAAAAGCGGAGAGAAAGGCAUUACAUCUUUUGUACACAGAGCUAGAAGAAGAGAGAAGCGCUUCUGCAGUAGCUGCAAAUCAGACAAUGGCAAUGAUAAAUAGGCUUCAGGAAGAGAAGGCUGCGAUGCAAAUGGAAGCUCUGCAGUACCAGAGAAUGAUGGAAGAACAAUCCGAGUACGAUCAAGAAGCUUUGCAGCUUUUGAAUGAACUCAUGGUAAAGAAGGAGAAGGAAAAACAAGAGCUUGAGAAAGAGUUGGAAGUGUACCGGAAGAAGGUGUUGGAGUACGAGGCCAAAGAAAGGAUGAGGAUGUUGCGAAAAAGCAAGGAUGGUAGUACUAGAAGUGAAAGUUCCUUUCUUUCUUCUAGUAUUGCUGGGGAUAGUGAUGGUCUGUCUAUUGAUCUAAAUCAAGAUGCGAAGGAAGAAGAAGAUAGCGUUGAUCUAGAAAAUGGCAACCACAACACCCCUGUCGAUGCAGUUUUGAAUUUGGAAGAAUCGUUGUCUAACUUUGAGGAAGAGAGGAUGUCCAUCCUAGAGCACCUCAAGGUUUUGGAGGAGAAGCUAUUUACAUUGGACGAUGAAGAGGAACAACAAUUUGAGGACGUAAAGCCUAUUGAACAUUUCUACGAAGAGAAUGGCAAACAUUUGGAUGGGGACUCGGAUUUUGGUGGUCAAGAAGCUAAUGGGGUUGUCAAUGGGGUUGUCAAUGGUUUUCACAAGGAAAUGAAUGGGAAACAUCAUCAAGAGAAAAGAAUCAUGGGUGCAUGCAAGGAAAGAGACUUCUUCCACUUUUCAAUGCAAUUAAUGCUGAAUACGAAGAUGUAGGAGAAUGGACAUGUAAAUGGUUUUGAUUUUGAUUCUGAUAUGUUGCAGACUGCUGUUUUCAGAAGUGUUGACAGGGAAAACAGGAAGACUGCCAUUGAAGAGGAGGUGGAUCAUCUCUAUGGGAGGCUACAAGCUCUCGAGGCAGACAGAGAGUUCCUAAAGCAUUGCAUUAACUCCUUGAAGAAAGGAGAUAAGGGAAUGGAUCUUCUUCAAGAGAUUUUACAGCAUCUUCGCGAUCUGAGGAAUGUGGAUCUCCGAGUGAGGAAUUUGAGCGACGGUGCUCUAGUAUGACAUUGUGCUUAACCAUUAUGGUCAACAAGAAAAUAGAUCAUGCUAUCGGAGUUCAUUAACGGCAGUGGACUUGGGACAGAAAGAGAGCACCAGCAAGAAGAUGAUCAAAUGCAAAUGCUGAUUAAAUUCUGAGUCUUUGAAGACAGGAAGUCCCUUGAUGGGAGAGGGAAGCUCCUGGUAUGUGUCUGUUUUUUCAUCUUGGUGGACUACAAAAUUGGAAGUCCUCCUACCUUUGUCUUUUUGUUUUUGUUUUUUUGUGACCAUGUAAGCCCUAGUUUUUGUGGGUUAGUGCCCAUCUUCACCUUUUGAAGGAAAAGUUGAUGAUGGGUGUAUGUGUGUGCAGGUUAGUUAGAUGAAGCCACCCUGUCCUUUUGUGUGUUGUGAGAAAAACAAGCCUAGUACUAGUUCAUUAUAGACAGGAGUAGGAAAUGUUUUUCAAAUUUUUAAUUGUUUUGUUUUUUGGAGAGGGAAAAGAGGGGCAAGUGCCUACUCUUUUUCCAUCUCUGUCUUUCAUCAUUUCAUCACAUGAGGUUUGGUUAUUAUUUUGAAGGAGCAAAGUUGGUUUAGUUGUAUACAUGUACCCAUUUGUAAGUAUAUAAAGUGAGUGAGUGUUUAAUA